AUGGUUUCCAACAGCGGAGCCCUGGGUUUUCCUAGGAUGGGACCGAACCGCGAGAUGAAGUUCGCGUUGGAGAAGCACUGGAGGGGGAAGAUGGACGAGGCCAGCAUGCUCGCUAUCGCCCGCGAUGUCGAGCAGCAGGCCUGGGGCAUUCAGAUGGACGCCGGGGUGGGACUCAUCUCGGCCGGGGACCACUGCCUGUACGACAACAUGCUGGCUUGGACCGAAUAUCUCGGCGCUGUGCCGAAGCGCCAUGCUCACCUCGCCCCCGGCAACGAGCGCAUGUUCGCCAUGGCGAGGGGCAUCGACAACGCCCCCGCCCUCGACAUGACCAAGUUUUUCGACACGAACUACCACUACGAGGUUCCCGAGCUCGAGACUCCCGUCGCGCUGCAGCCCAACUUUGCGAACUACCUGGAGACCAUCUCCCGAGGAAUCGCCAAGAUGGGUGCUGACCGGACCGCGCCGGUCGUGCUUGGCCCUGUGACCUGGGUGCACCUGGCCAGGCAUGCCAAUGCCGAGGCGUCGGAGGAGGCGACGACCGCGCUCAAGGACCAGUACCUUGACGCCAUCCUCCCCGUGUACGCGGCCUUGAUUGGCAAGCUGGCCGCCAUGGGCGUGCAAGAGGUUCAGCUGCACGAGCCGGCCCUGGUCAUGUGGGAUUCUUCCAAGACCCUUGCCGCCAUGUUCAAGAAGGCCUACUUCGCCAACAAGGCGUGCCCGAUGCUAUCCGCGGAUGUGAAGGUGAACCUCGUGACCUUCUUCGAGGACGUCGGCGCGGAAGCAUACCAGUGGGUCACCGCCCUCCCCGUCAGCGCCAUCAGCCUGGACUUCACCCGCGGGGACUCCCUCAAGCUCGUAAAGGGCUACGGCUUUCCCAAGGACAAGGUUCUGGGUGCGGGGAUCAUCGACGGCCGGUCCCCCUGGGCGAUGGAGCCUGCCAAGGUGGUGUCGCUCGUGCGCGAGGUGGCGUCGGCCAUCAUGCCAGCUAACCCGAACGGAAGCGACAACAUCCGGGUCCAGGCUUCCUGCAACCUGCAGUUCGUUCCCUGGGAUGUGACGUGCGAGGGAGACCUGGCCGAGAAGGUCGGCGGCGACGUGCUCGCCUUCGCCGUGCAGAAGGUGCAGGAGAUCGUCGCCCUGGCGGAAGCCGUUCCAAAGAUCACGGCCGGAAAGGAGGCAAAGGACAUUUUCCCGGUUCUCGACAAGGCGUGGAAGGCUUUCAGCGCGAGCGUCACCGACAACACCAACACCGCCAAGCGCCUCGCCGGUCUGACCGAGGCGUCGUUCUCCAGGCCUGCACCGUUCAAGGAACGCGUCGCGGCGCAGCAGAAGUCCCUGAAGCUCCCCGUCCUGCCCACGACGACGAUCGGGUCAUUCCCUCAGACUGCCGCCGUGCGGAAGCUCCGACGCGAGUUCAAGAGCGGCGCCCUCUCUGCCGAGGACUAUGAGCGUGCCAUUGACCAGCAGAUCUCGUACGCUAUCGGCAUCCAGGAGGCUCUUGGGCUAGACAUCCUAGUCCACGGGGAAGCUGAGCGCACGGACAUGGUCGAGUUCUUCGGCCAGCAGUUCCAAGGGUUCGCUUUUACCUCCAAUGGAUGGGUGCAGUCGUACGGGAGCCGCUGCGUUCGCCCUCCCAUCAUCCACGGCGACGUAUCCCGUCCUACCGCGAUGACCACGAGGGAGUUCAAGGUAGCCCAAGAGCUGACCCUCCGCCCGGUGAAGGGGAUGCUUACGGGACCUGUCACUAUCCUCAACUGGUCCUUCCCUCGCCUCGACGUCUCUCGCAAGGAGCAGGCCUUCCAGAUCGCGUUGGCCAUUUCUGAUGAGGUCGCCGACCUAGAGGCUGCCGGCUGCAAGGUCAUUCAGGUCGACGAACCAGCCCUCAGGGAGGGGCUGCCUCUCAAGCCCCUCAAGAAAGCCGACUACCUGAAGUGGGCUACGGAUUCGUUCCUCCUGUCCACGGCGAUCGCCAAGCCGGAGACGUCGAUCCACACGCACAUGUGCUACUGUGACUUCGGAGACUGCAUGGAGGCCAUCGACAGGCUCGACGCUGACGUUAAUAGUAUCGAAAAUGCUCGCAGUGACAACACGACCCUUCAGUCGUUCAAGGAAUUCAACUACAAGAAGGGACUGGGCCCUGGGCUGUACGACAUCCACUCUCCGGUUGUACCCCCCGUGAGCACCCUGCAGGACAAGCUUGAAGGCUUUCUCAAAGUGCUUCCGAAGGAGCAGCUUGUCUGCAACCCGGACUGCGGACUCAAGACACGCACCUGGCCUCAGGUGCUCGGCGCCUUGCGGAACCUGGUCGAGGCAACCCGCAACGUGCGGACCCUCAACGGUAUCAGCGACGCGUCCGGACAGGCGGUGACAGUGCCGAGCGGUGGGCACGCCGCCUGCUGCACUCCCGUGGCGGCUCACUAG